AUGGAGGCCAUCACUCCAGACCAGCAAACGCUGGCCGCCGACACGGAUAACGAAACGGGGGACUACAGCUUCAAGUCGGCGUCACCACCUGUUGCCAGCAGCUCAGAAUGGCACAUGGCGCCUGAAGUACGCGAGAGGAAAAACAACGACGAGUCAGGUGGAGAGAAGCCUCGAAAGCUCGGUGUAACCUGGGACAGCCUCACAGUCAGGGGCAUCAGCAGCGACGCCACGUUCAACGAAAACGUCGUUUCUCAGCUAUACCCCUUUCACAAGAAGAGCAAAGAUGCUCCCUUGAAGACUAUCAUCCAUAACUCGCACGGUUGCGUCAAGCCUGGAGAGAUGCUCCUCGUCCUCGGACGACCUGGCUCUGGGUGCACAACGCUACUCAGUGUGCUCUCCAACAACCGACUCGGUUACGAAGAAGUGUCGGGAGAUGUGUUUUUUGGAAACAUGUCUGCGAAAGAGGCCCGUCAAUACGAUGGCCAGAUCAUCAUGAAUACGGAGGAGGAAAUCUUCUACCCUGCCUUGACCGUGGAGGACACGAUUAACUUUGCUGCACGCAUGAAAGUCCCAAACGUCUUGCCCCCGGGAAUCAACUCGGCCGAGGAGUACGUUCAGGCCGAAAAAGACUUCCUUCUGCGUUCCGUCGGCAUCUCCCACACCGCACACACAAAGGUCGGAGACGCAUUCAUGAGGGGCGUUUCUGGAGGAGAAAGAAAGCGCGUUUCGAUUCUGGAAUGCAUGACGACCCGUGCCAGCGUGUUCUGCUGGGACAACUCGACGAGAGGCCUUGACGCUAGCACUGCACUUGAAUGGAUCAAGGCGAUCAGGGUGCUGACUGACGUUCUUGGGCUCACCACAAUCGUCACUCUUUACCAGGCCGGAAAUGGCAUUUAUGAGCAUUUCGACAAAGUACUCGUCCUCGACGAGGGCCAACAGAUUUUCUACGGUCCUCAAGUCGACGCAGUGCCCUUCAUGGAAAGCCUCGGUUUUGUUCGAGACUCGGGCUCGAACCGAGGUGAUUUCUUGACUGGCGUGACGGUUCCUACGGAGCGUGUCAUUGCUCCUGGGUUCGAAAACACGUUUCCUCGUACAGCCCACGAAAUUCACGCUGCAUACGAGGGUUCGAGAAUUAGGGCCAAGAUGCUCGAAGAAAUUGAAACCUACCCCCAAAGCGCCGAGGCUGCCGAAAACACCGCCGUCUUCAAAGAGUCUGUUGCUCGUGAGAAGCACCGCGGAGUGCCGCAGAAAUCCGCCGUUACUGCCGACCUGCUCACUCAGAUCAGGGCUGCUGUAACGAGGCAGUACCAGCUCAUGUGGGGAGACAAGGCCACGCUGAUUCUCAAGCAAGUCGCCACGGUUGUUCAGGCACUCAUCGGUGGCUCCCUCUUCUACAACACCCCUGACAAUUCGGCCGGUCUCUUCCUCAAGGGUGGCGCUCUGUUCUUCUCCAUCUUGUAUAACGCCCUCAUUGCCCUCUCAGAGGUCACCGACUCGUUCACAGGCAGGCCCAUCCUCGCCAAGCAUCGCUCUUUCGCCCUGUAUCAUCCGGCAGCUGUCGUUCUCGCACAGAUCGCUGCCGACUUUCCCAUUCUUCUCUUCCAGGUCACUCACUUUGGUCUGGUAUUCUAUUUCAUGGUCGGCUUGAGGACCACGGCCGAGGCUUUCUUUACGUACUGGAUCACAAACUUCAUGACGGCCAUGUCCAUGACGGCGCUCUUCCGACUCAUUGGCGCAGCAUUCCCUACUUUCGACGCUGCGACAAAGGUAUCAGGACUGGCAGUUGUUGCUUUGUUUGUGUACAUGGGCUACAUGAUCAUCAAGCCUAUCAUGCAUCCUUGGUUUGUUUGGAUAUUCUGGAUCAAUCCCAUGUCGUACGGUUUUGAGGCUCUGCUCGGCAACGAAUUUCACGACACACAGAUUGAUUGCGUCGGCCCCUACAUCAUCCCGAGCGGUCCUGGCUACACAGACGGCCGAGGAGGACGAUCAUGCACCAGAGUGGGCGGUGCUGCGCCAGGCGACACCUCCGUCACGGGUGAUGCCUAUCUUGCCCACAUGUCGUUCAGCCAUAGCCAUGUCUGGCGCAACUUUGGUAUCGUUAUUGCAUGGUGGGUGUUUUUCGUCGCCGUCACCAUCUUUUUCACCAACAGGUGGAAGCAGAUGGGCGAGGGUGGACGCAGCCUUUUGAUCCCUCGUGAGCAGCAACACAAGUCUAAGCAUCUUUUGGAGAGCGCCUCCGACGCUGAGGGCGGAACCAAGGAGAAGACUUCGCCCAAGUCCGGUGCCGAGUCGCCAUCUGGCAAUGUGGGCAAGGAGCUCAUCCGCAACGAGAGCAUCUUCACCUGGAAGAAUCUUACCUACACCGUCAAGACCAGCGACGGUGAUCGUGUCCUCCUCGACAAUGUGCAAGGAUAUGUCAAGCCUGGUAUGCUCGGAGCCCUUAUGGGCUCUUCUGGUGCCGGAAAGACAACGCUUCUCGACGUCCUCGCGCAGCGCAAGACCGAGGGAACGAUCCACGGCUCUGUUCUGGUUGAUGGCCGCCCGAUCCCUAUUUCUUUCCAGCGCUCUGCGGGUUAUGUCGAACAGCUCGAUAUUCACGAGUCGUUGGCCACUGUCCGCGAGGCCCUUGAGUUCUCGGCUCUCUUGCGCCAGUCCCGCUACACUCCUGACGAGGAGAAGCUGAAAUACGUAGAUACGAUUAUUGACCUCCUGGAACUGAGGGACCUCGAGCACACGCUAGUCGGCCGCCCUGGCGCAGGCCUCUCGGUUGAACAGCGCAAGCGCCUUACCAUUGCCGUCGAGCUCGUAUCAAAGCCUAGCAUCCUGAUCUUCCUUGACGAACCCACCUCGGGUCUCGAUGGCCAGGCUGCGUACAAUACCAUCCGCUUUCUUCGCAAGCUCGCCGCCGCCGGCCAGGCUAUCUUGGUCACUAUCCACCAGCCCUCGGCCCAGCUCUUCACACAGUUCGACACGCUGCUGCUCCUCGCCAAGGGGGGCAAGACGGUGUACUUUGGUGAUAUCGGCGAAAACGCCAGCACCAUCAAGUCCUACUUCUCCCGGUUCGGAGCGCACUGCCCGCCCGACGCCAACCCGGCCGAGCACAUUGUCGACGUCGUGUCCAGCACGCCGAGCUCGGGUGUCGUCCAAGACUGGAACAAGCACUGGCUCGAGUCGCCCGAGCACGACGCCCUCUCGGUGGAGAUUGACAGGAUGGUCGAGGACGCGGCGGCCCGGCCUACGGGGACCGUCGACGACGGCCACGAGUUUGCGGCGUCCAUGUGGACGCAGACCAAGCUCGUCACGCAGCGCAUGAACAUCUCGCUCUUCCGCAACAUUGACUACCUCGACAACAAAUUCGCCAUGCACAUCAGUCUCGCUCUCCUCAACGGCUUCACCUUCUGGUCCAUCGGUGACAGCCUCACGGACCUGCAGCAGAACCUCUUCACCAUCUUCAAAUUCAUCUUCGUGGCCCCGGUGUCAUCUGGCAGCUGCAACCCCUAUUCAUCGACCGACGCGACAUUUACGAGGCGCGCGAGAAGAAGAGCAAGAUGUACCAAUGGGCGCCGUUCGUCACCGGUCUCAUCCGCGCUCCUCGUCUUCACGACCUGGGACAAGCCGGUGCGGUGCCGCCCCUCGGAGCUCGCCAUCUUCGACCCGCCCGCCAACGAGACGUGCGGCGCGUACCUCGCCGCCUUCCAGCAGACCGCCAUGGGCCGCGACACGAACCUGCUCAACCCGGACGCGACGGCCGGCUGCGAGGUGUGCCAGUACACCGAGGGCGGCGACUUUCUGCGCACGCUCAACCUGGAGGAGAAGUACUUUGGCUGGAGAAAUGCCGCCAUUGUCGUCAUCUUUUGCAUGGGCUUCUACGCGCUCGUCUACAUCAUGAUGAAGCUGCGGACCAAGGCGACCAAGAAGGCCGAGGGCAAGAAGUAG